AUGGCAAGCAAAAUCCCGCCCGGGCUCAGGCCCGCCGACAUCUCGCGCUUUGCCGUUCGCGCUGCCCAGCUCGAGAAGGUGAAGCCCGUCAUAUCGUACUGGUGUGAAUACUACAUGGUCAACCAGAUUAUUGCCAAAGGCCUCCACACCACCGAUGAAGAUUGCAUGGGCUACACGACGACUCUGAUGGACAAGCUCGAGCAGACCAAGACGCAGCACUCGGAUAAUGACGCCAUACUCGACGACGUCGCGGCGCGCGCGUACGUCGAGCAGUUCGCGCUGGAAACAUUUCAGAGGGCAGACAAUGCUGUACGGGCAAACAAGGUUUCGGCUCAAACGGCCGAUACCUUUCGCGCUGCAGCUACGUUUCUCGACCUUUCCAACGUAUGGGGGAAGCCAGAGCCUGAGAUUGCAGCCAAGUCUAAAUAUGCCAAAUACCAUGCUCUACGUAUCGCGAAGGCCCUGAAGGCGGGCGAGGACCCCAAUGCUUCGAACCCAGCCCCAGAGCCCGAGCCCGAAGAGUCUGCCCCAGCGCUAGACCCCACAGACCCCGAAGUCCAGCGGAUCAAUGGUGCAGCUUCAAUGCAGCCCACAGUUGAAGAUGCGCCUCCAUCUUUCCUGCCUUCUCCGACCUUCGAUCAACCAAGUGUUCCCGCAGCCAUAUCCCCUGCUGACGCACCCCCAAUUGCUCCCCCUCGGCCUGACCACAGCGAUGUUUCCCCGUUAGAUGCACCUGGCUCUCGAACAAAUUCCGUGGGCGGCGGGUACUUUCCUUCAGUUCCCACUUUCACCGCGGAAAAUUCAGUUCCAACCUUCACAUCUGAGAAUCCCAUCCCAAGCCUGCCGACCGCUGCACCGGAUGCACCAAUGGCGGAUUCACCCUCUGGUCCCGAGGACUACUACCAAACACGUGCACCACCUUCAGUUCCUCCAGUGAACAACAUCCCUGCGCCAUCACCACCAACAAAUACCUACGCUGGAGUCGAUACGACUAUGAGUGGAACUGGCGGGGGUGGAUCCACAGGGUACAGAUAUGACGAUGACGCGAUCAUGAAUGCGCAGAAGCACGCAAAGUGGGCUAUCUCUGCACUCAACUUUGAGGAUGUUCCGACGGCGGUCAAGGAGCUGAGGGUCGCGCUCCAGGCUCUCGGCGCAAACUGA